CGGUAUGUGUUUAUCACAAUGUACAUUGAUGCGUGUUUUAAAAUUUAAGCAUAUUUUAAACGUUUUUUAAAGCCAUUUAAUACUGUACAUUGAUUAUUUGUUAUUAAUAUUUCGUUUGUUUAGUGCAAUUAAGAUGAUUUAAUGCAGUUACACACCCAAAUGCUGGCUAAAAAUGCGUUCCUAUUUCGUGCUUGAAAUAAUGUUUUAAAUGUAUGAUACACUUAUUUCACAGAAUACUAUUAAAUGACAAUGCCAAUUAAAUAAAUUUGAUAUAUAAAAAUGAAAACAUUGGAAUGAUUUCACUGUACAAAUAAUUUCAACCAUUUAUGUUUCAGAAUCUAGGGGCAUGUCCAAGAUGAGAGUGUGUAUAAUUGGAGCUGGCCCUUCAGGCAUGUCAGCAUUGUGGCAUUUCUGUCAGUGUGACAAGAUGCCGGAAGUGGUGUGUUUUGAAAAGCAAAGUACUUGGGGAGGCCAAUGGAAUCGAACCUGGAGGACGGGAUUCGAUGAACACGGCGAGCCAGUUCACAGUUGUAUGUACAAUGAUUUAUGGACAAACGCUCCUAAAGAAUCAAAUAUAGAGUUUCCUGGUUAUACAUUUGAGGAGCAUUACGGCAAAAGUGUACCGUCCUAUAUCUCUGUACCUGUGGUUAAAGAUUAUCUCGAAGGUCGUUGGUCAAGAGAUUUCAACUUGAAACAGUUUGUUCGGUUUGACUCGCCUGUAAGAUAUGUAUCAUAUAACGACAGCACUCAUACGUUUCAUGUCACAUACGAAAACUUAAUUAGCAAAAACGUAAUAAACGAAACGUUUAGUCACGUGAUUGUUUGUAGCGGUGCCUUUACAUAUCCCUAUACGCCCUAUAUUUCAGGAUUAGAUGCUUUCGAGGGCAGUGUACUGCAUUUGCGCGAUUUACGUCACUGUCACAUGUUCAAAGAUAAAGCUGUGCUAAUAAUUGGCUCUGGAUUUUCGGCGGAAGAUAUUGCCAUUCAAUGUUUAAAGUUUGGAGCGUCAAAAAUCAUUGUUUCAUAUAGAACAAAGUCGCUUAUUUCUAACUGGCCUAAAGGUAUCGAGGUGCGUCCCGGUGUGCAACGGUUCCAUGCUAAAGAAGCUGUUUUUACAGAUAACACAAAGGCCGAAAUAGAUGAUGUGAUACUGUGCACGGGUUAUUGAAAUUAUUACCGCUUUCUUGAUCCGAGUCUUCGAAUUAAUGAGACACCCUUGAUUUAUCCAAAAGAACUGUACAUGUCAGCACUUUCAAUAUCGGCUGGUAAUAAUAAACUAUUUUAUGUCGGAGCUCAAAAAUCCUUGUACACUAUGGCUUACUUCGAUGUGGUUGCUAAAUGGGUAUGCAGGUACAUCAUGGGAACUCUAGAGGAUGAACCAAAAUCUGAAGCAGAUAUGAUUAAACAUUCCAAAGAACGGUGGGUACGAGCAUCCACUGUACACUCAUUAAAGAAGAUAAUUGAUUUUCAAACCGAAGUAAUAAAAUAUAUGAUAGAUGUCACGGGUUACAGACAAGAGGCACUGCAGGUUUACGAAAUUAUGUUGGAUUGGAUGAAACACCGACAACAGGAGAUAGACAAAUACAGGGACAACAGUUUCCGUUCUAUAUCUACAGGCAAUAUGGCGCCUAUGCAGACGGCAUUUAUGGACAUACGAGAUGACAGUCUUAAAACAUUCCUGAAAAAUUGAUUAUACAAAAUUAUAUAAGUAUAAGUCAUAUUUGUUGUACGUUACAUAAAAAUAUAAAUGUACUCAUGAAAAAAAAAGAAAAACCUGACAAUUUCUAAAAUAGACAAAUGUAACAAAAAGGUACUUGACACCAUUACGCAGAAAUCCCGAUAACCAAAACUACAUUGUAUCCCCAUAAUGUAGAUAGAUGGGUUUAGAUAUCUCGUAUAUGACCAAACGUAAUAUUGUGACGAUGCUGGGCCAGCGUUUAUAUCGUAUGCUGAUUUUAUUUUCUUAUAAAGCGAAGGGGAUAAAUUUUUUUAGACUGAGUCAUAAAUACUGAAAUAAUUUUUAAUGUACAUAAUCAAAUGUACUGUUAACAACAAAAUAGCAAACAUGUGUAAACAUUAAAAAACAAACCUAUAGCACUGAGAUGUUGAUAUAUACUUGUAAAAGUAUUAUUUUUAUUAUCAUUAUUAUC